AUGGAAGAAGAAUUAGAUUUAUCAUAUUUGGACCGUGAAGAUAUAGAUGAUGAUGUGGUUGGCGUAGACUUCAAUAUUAUCUCAAUUAUACGUCAACACUUACAAAUAACCACUGCUUUGGCUGCGGUAACAAUGUUAUGCAUUGUUGCACACGCAUUGAGGAUCUUGGAAAUGUACUGGAGUGAUUCAAGUAGUGUAAGCAUUUCCCUACCAGAAAGAGAUCGUCGUAGGGAGAAAUUAAUGUCAUAUCUUGGGCAUACUAAUUGGUGCCGCGACAUUAUUAGGAUGGAUCCAGAGACAUUUAUUAAUCUUUGUGAAAGACUAAGAUCAACUGGGUUAGUUAAGGACAACAUUCGGUCGACAGUGGAGCAACAAGUGGCUCAAUUUCUUCAUAUAAUUGGCCAUAAUGUUAAGAAUCGAAGUGUCGCUUUUUUCUUCCAUCGAUCGGGUUCGACGGUUAGCAGACACUUUCACAAUGUGUUGGAUUCAGUUAUAAGUUUGGAAUCUGAAUUUCUCAUUCAACCCUCAGGAAAUGAGGUUCAACCAUAUAUCUUGAACAACAAUCGAUUUUACCCUUACUUUAAGGAUUGUGUAGGGGCCAUAGACGGUACUCAUGUUCGUGUAAAGGUUCCAAGAUCUGAUGCUCCGAGAUUUCGAGGAAUAAAAGAUUGGCCAACUCAAAAUGUGUUCGCCGCGUGUGAUUUUGACAUGAAAUUCACAUACGUUCUUGCUGGGUGGGAAAGCACUGCAUCAGAUUCAAGAAUUUUAAAAAAUGCUCUUGAUCGAGAUGAUCCGUUGGUUAUCCCCCAAGGAAAAUACUACCUCGGUGAUGCUGGAUUUAUGUUGAAAAGCACAGUUUUGACUUCAUAUAGAGGAGUCAAAUAUCACCUUAAGGAAUAUACACGCAGAUGA